AUGAGAGGCUGGAUACACCAGACAGAGAAGAUUAUAUACAGAGUAGCGAAGGAAAUUAGUCAGAGACACGCAGUGAUCUGCGCCUCCCUGAGUCCCGAAAUCCUGCUGCAGAUGAAACAAAAAGAGAAUGGACAUGUGAGAUUAAAGGAACUACACAGAAAUUUUGCUUCUGCUUGGGACAGUAGUGUGCUGAUCAUCUGUGUUGAGGCCAUGGCACUGAAGGCGAUACAUGGCAUGGGUGGAAUGGUGCGACAGCUGUGUGUUGCUGGAUGGUCAGUUGGGCAAGCAUCUGUGAGCCGGGCACUGCACAUUUCCUCACAGCACCACAAUGAAGACAAUGACAUGCAGAUUCAGAAAGUAGAGCGCCUUGAAAAGUCCCUGAACCAAGUGAUGCUGUUAGGACGGGUAGGAGGUGCUCCAGAGAAGAGAGGCACAGAGGAACAUCCAGUGGUCACCUUCUCAGUUGCCACACACACCAACUAUCGCAAAGGAGAAGAUUUGAUCCAGCAGACAGAUUGGCACCGGAUUGCAGUGUUCAAGCCAUUCCUGCGUGAGUCAGUGUACCGCUACCUGACUCGGGGCCAGCGUGUGAUGGUGCAGGGCAGGAUUGGUUACUUGGAGCGCCGGGAUCCAGAGAACAACCAGCUCAUCAUGAAGACUGCCACCAUUGUAGCAGAGGAUGUUAUUUUCUUCAAUAAAACGUAGCCAAGUGGUUUUUAAAAAAAAUUGUGUGUGCUAUCAUGAUGCUAAGAGGACUUGUAGUGUGAUCAUGACAGUCAAUGGUUUUAGAUUGGUCAUUGAUCAUAGUAUCUUUGGAUUUUCCUUCGAUGAAGGAAUUUCACUAAUGUGAACUGACUCCAGGAAAGCUCCAUCAUCCAUCCCUUCUAAUUGUUACUCAAGUGUUGUGGCAGGAGAAUCUUCAUACCCAGCAGUAACCUAUAUAAAUAUGUAAUUAUGAUACAUAUACGUAUAUCUUUUUGAUCUGAUACACAUCUCCCGUAUUUCCUGUUUAUAAUGUGCACCUCAAUUUUGAAGAGAUAAUAAAAAUAAUUCAUAUGAACUAUUUUGCCAUCAUGUUCAUUCUCUCCAUUUGUUUUUACUAUGAUGACUAGCACACUAUCUGUAGAGCAGUACAUUAUUGUUAUUAUUAACAUUUACUUUACAAGUACAGAUUCAGUUCAGAAUACAGAUUGGUAAUGUCUUGUCAGAUAGCAUGUCUGCUAUAAUUUUCAUUUCUUGAUCUUCCAGUUUUUAACUUGUCAUGCUCAAGCUCAUCACUCACAAAAUCAGUCUUCAUUACACUCCAUUUCUAAGAAGCAUUUGCAUAGCUGGGCAUGAUAAUGAAAAAAAUUUAUCUCGAUAACCAAUAAAUUGAUAACAAUAACCUUAUCGUCAAUAACCUAUAAUUGAUAACUGGUGAUAGAUUUAUUGCCCAGUAACCAAUAACCAAAAAUUGAUAAAGCUAAAAUUCCAACACUAACAACAACAAUAUUGCUAUUUUAAGUAAAAUUAUUGAUAAAUCCAAAUCUUUAUUUCUAUCUUUUAGAAAAACUUCAAAAAUCUUAAAAACUGUUUUAAGUAAAAUAACUAUAUUUGAUUUUUAAAAUUAAAAGCUUAAACAUGCUCAUAUUCUAAAAACUAAAAUUAUCGAUUAUUGCUAGUUUGGAACCAAAAGUACUGGUGAUACUGAUUAAUUGAUAACACAGAAAAAAUGAUUAUAGGAUAAAUGAUGACCCAAUAUUGUUAUCGCAAUAAAUUAUUGCAAUAAUUUAUCAAGACAACGCCCACCUAUGAGCAUUUAUCAGUUCUGUUGCCAGGAAAAUGAGUACACACAGAAUGUCUGUUUUGCAUAAAUGAAAAAGAACAUGUAGGAUGACAAUCAGUGUGACAGCAGCAGUCUAGUGACAAGGCAAGAGUUGCUGAUACAAUUUUUACUUGUUGCAUUAUGAUUGUCACCCCAGGUAAAGGGAAUUUGCACACCCUCUCACCUUGAUGUAUUACCAAUCAUUUAAAAUCUUCAUUUAUGUUAAAUUACUGUUAAUUUUCCUUUAUGUUAGCCUUCCAUUGUUGCUAGGUGUUGACAUUGCAGUGUAUAGGUAAAUGCAGCAAGUGUUCUUAUGACCCCCUAUACUUGACUUUAUGAUCAAGCAAGCAAUGUGGAUAAUGUUUCCAUAAUAAUUAUGUACUGCACAGUCUUCAUUAUAUGUGUGGUGUACAAAUUCCCUACAGCAAGUGUUUUGCACAGGAUGUAGGAAAAGAUAUCAUGGUGGUCAGGCAACUAUUUGGAUGAAAUAUCACUUGAACUUACUUCCGUGUACUCAAAUGAAGAUGAGUAACUAUGAAUACUAGCUUGUGUCUACUUCUCUGUCAUGUUCCACCAAACUUGACAAAAUUACUGAAACAUUCAGAUGUGCCACAGGGUGUGCAAACGUGGUAUAUGCGUAUAUUGUUAAUGAGUUUCUUCAGAAUAGUACAUGCCAUCACAUUAAGGAUAAGGGCCAAGAAGGAAUCUGAUGCACAGUGUUGAACUGUUCAAAAUGCUAAAAAAUUUAAGCUAAAGGAAAACUUUUAUCCUAUAACAGGAAGCAUGAGUACAUUUACCCAUUUAUGGAAAUAAUAUUGACUUGUUUGAAAAUCUUAUUAUUAUGUAGGUAAAUAUUUGAAAAUAUUCUUUUUGUUUAA